CACGAGAAGCUUGUGCCUUCUAGCGUGCACACGACUACCCACGUAUUUUGCUCGCUUGCAUAUCGCUCUUGCUUCCACAAACCCGCUGGCAAAUUAGGGCUAUCAAUAUAUCGGAAUAGCUAUAUAGCUUGCUUACCACACCCUCCGCGCGGCUUGGCGGCUUGCCGCGCAGGCAUUGAACGCGUUUUCUAAUGUCAUUCAUCGCGGCUCGCGAGCAUGGCGCCAAGCCAGGCUCAGGAGGCCCGGCCUCUGCGCAGAAUGAGGCGAUUGACCGCCGUGAGCGCCUUCGGCGCCUCGCGCUGGAGACGAUCGACCUCACGAAGGACCCCUACUUUAUGCGCAACCACUUGGGGCAGUACGAGUGCCGGCUUUGCUUAACACUGCACACGAAUGAGGGCAACUAUCUGGCGCACACGCAGGGCAAGCGCCACCAGCAGAACCUGGCGAAGCGUGCGGCGCGCGAAGCCGCCGAAAAGGCUGCAGCGCCUGCACCACAGAAGCGGGCGCCCAUCCGCAAAACAGUCAAGAUCGGGCGGCCCGGAUACCGGGUGACAAAGCAGUUCGACCAGGGCUCACAGCAGCGAUCGCUACUGUUCCAGAUCGAGUACCCGGAGAUCGAAGAGGGCUCCAAGCCGCGGCACCGCUUCAUGUCGGCGUACGAGCAGCGCGUAGAGACGGCGGACAAGUCCUUCCAGUACCUCAUAUUCGCGGCGGAGCCGUACGAGAACAUCUCGUUCAAGAUCCCCAACGCGGAGGUGGACCGCGGGGAGGGCAAGAUGUUCACGCACUGGGACCCUGACAACAAGGUGUUCAGCCUGCAGUUCUACUUCGCGCGGCCCAGGGACCAACAGCACAUGGGUGGGCCCCCCGGCAUGAUGCCGCCGCCGGGCGCCAUCCCUCCGCCACCCAUGCCACCGCCGGGGAUACUGCCGCCGCCCCCAAUGGUGAUGGGAGGCAUGCCGCCCAUGGGCAUGCGGCCGCCGCCGGGUGGACCUCCGCCCCCGCCCCCGCUGCCCGGCUUCAUGCCACCCCCGCCGCCACCACCCGGGUUUUAGUGGGUUCUGCGUGGGACGCCCGGUAAUGUGGUUUCACUGGUGCGUGCAGCGGGCGUACAUGUGUCCAAGCGCCCCUGGCUGCGCGUCGCAUGUGUUAACAACGGCAAGGGGCGGCUGUGUGAUGGCGGUUUAAUUGUGUUUGGGGGUGUGCUGUAGUGUAUACUGGCGGCUGAAUUGAGCGGAGGUCUGGCCUUGCGCCGGGUGCAUUUGCGGCGGCGAUGUGCGCAAAAUACGGUAAUACUCAUCGCCUUCGGCCUCAGGUGGUUAAUUGUGAUGUGGGCUCAGUUCAAUUUUCCCUGCACGCAAGACCGCCUCCCUCGUUUGCAGCUACUGUGGCUGUGGCAGUGGGCCCAGGAGCUGGGCGCCUGGGCCCAGCGACGGCAUGCAUACAUGGAGCAAUGGGAGCAGGCGUGGCCACGAGUAGGAGCGCGCCCGCGUCGCUCUUUAGGCAGCAGUGGCGCGCAGGUUAAUGAUUAAGGGUUAGCGGACAAGGACAUCAAUUGUGUGACGGCUGCAUGGCGGCUGUUCGCAUGUGCGGCCGGAGCGGACACGUGGCCUGACAGUGCCUUGUUAGCUGCGGGUUAGCACGGACUGUGCACCCCACCCAACCGGCCACGUCCGGAUUUGCGGGGAUGCCAAAGGCCCCCAACAUAGAGGCGUGUGCUUAGUAGGCGCCCGCGUCAAGGUGGCUGGGUUGAUAACGACCCGGGAGGGGAGGGCUCAGCCCUUUUCCUGCCUCCCUAAGGCAGCCACCUCCUUGUUAGCCUGCACAUCGACUCGGCUACCGUAUGUCGGAGGGAUGAAGCCAGUCCGGUAGGCCUUGGGUCUCAGACGGUGGAUGUGGUGCGAUAGGGGCUCGGCCCACAUCCCUUGUAAAGAUAGCCAGCUGUUGCUGUUAGUGUAUGAUGAAGGCAGCGGCAAUACUGCACACCCGCCCUGGCAGUCCCGGGGUCGCCACGUUGGUCCCCCCUGUCGCUUUCGCCUUGCAUAUCUAUGGCUGGGCAGGCUUCCCUUUGGCAAUCAGACUUACAUGUCUGGCUCGGGCAUAUCACCCUCGGGGCUCACUUCGCUCCAGAGGCUCAGCCCAAGAGAACGUGCAGGGCCGGCCUACGGGCGGGCGGGUUCAGUCCCGGGCUGGACUACGACGAAAGUUCGCUUCAAGCUUCAGCGGGCCCGCUUGUAACCUGUGUCAUUU